AUGUCGACGCUUGACUCCAAGUACUGCGCCUUCACCCCCUCCAAGCAGCCGGUCCUCCCGCCCGGCGGCUUCGCCCCCCUCGACGCCGCCGAGGGCGCGGGCUUCGCCGCCUCGCGCUGGGCCGCCCAUUGCGCCGCCGCCUCGCAGCUGCAGGCCGAGACGGACGCCGCGCUCGACGCGCUCAACCUCUCCGCCUUCAGGGAAAUUGGGCUCUUCCUGCAGAGCGGGACGCGGCGGCUGCAGCUCGCCUGGGCGGGCAGCGCCCGCGACGCGCCUCCCGGCGGCCCUCGCCGCCUGCCGCCGUACACCGAGCUGCCCGCCGCCGUCGUGCACACGGCGACGGCCGACCGCAGCCUGCAGCUGCGGCAGCUGCUGCGGCACGUGGUGACCAACGUCUCGCCGCACGUGGCAGUCCUGCGCGCGCGCGAGUGCCCCAACCUCACCGCGGCCAUCCGCUCGCUCGUCAGCCAGCUGCUCGGGCCCAACGUGAACACCGCCCCGGCCUGCGCCUUUGACCUCGCCGUCCUCGCGGGCUGGCACGCGGACGUGGCGGCGAGGCGGGCGAGCGGCCGG